AUGUGGUUCUUUGGAUUCUCCACCACAAAUCCAAGAAACUAUUGGAUCAUUGGCGCAAUAAUACUGGUGAUCAUUCUCACCCUUAUUCUAAAACACCUGGCCAUCUAUCUGGAGUACUCUCAUAAACAUAAUCAAGAAGAUGAUGAAAGCGAAAGAUAUAAAGGAUCAUCUAAAAUUGAUUGCAGUAAAUGUUGCUCUGGUGCUAUAAGGACUUAUGCACUUGAAGAGUUGAAGUCGGCUACGAGGGACUUUAGGAUUCGAAUAGGCGUUGGAGCCACAUCCGUUGUUUAUCUUGCAGAGCUUGGUGAUGGACAAUUUGGUGCCGUGAAGCGGGUUAUGGAGGAGAAAGGUGGCAGCAAGAAGAUGUUCUUGGAUGAAGUUUCAGUUCUUCUUAGGAUUUCACACCCAAAUUUGGUUGGGUUGUUGGGUUUCUGCUUGGACAAAGGAGAACAACUUCUACUGUUGGAGUAUGUUCCAAACAAGAGCCUUUUCGAUCGCAUGCACACACGCCAUGGCCAAUCCUCGGGCACACUUUCAUGGUCCAGUCGCCUCAGCAUUGCCUUGGACAUUGCCCGAGCUCUGGACUAUCUCCAUUCAGUAGCCGACCCUGCGGUCAUACACAGAGAUGUCAAGUCAUCCAACAUUCUCUUAGUCAACGACAACCACGCCAAGCUUGCUGAUUUUGGGCUAUGCAAGUUGGGACAUGACAUUCAAAGUGCACAAACUCCAACUACUAUUAAAGGUUCACUAGGCUAUGUCGACACCUGUUACCUCAACACAGGCCUGGUGUCACCGAAGAGCGAUGUUUAUAGCUUUGGGGUUCUACUGCUUGAGCUAAUAACGGGGCUCAAGUCCGUGCAGGGCUCAACGACACUGGCGGAGUGGACUGAGGAGUGCCGGAAGAAUAAGAAUGUGGAGGUUAUGGUUGGGAUGUUGGACUCAAAGCUCAAAGGUGAUGUAAAUGUACAACAGCUUCAUGUGUUGAUAGAUGUAGCCAAUUUAGCUCUACUAGAAAACUGUCAUGGAAGACCAGACAUGAACUAUAUUGUGGAUAGGAUUUCAAGUUGUAUGGAACCUGAUAUUCAACCUGAGCUGCCUGUAUAA